AAAUAGUUUCUUUUUAAUGUCUUUGUUGACAACUUUUUGGCAUGUCACAUGUUAUUCUUUGCUUAAUCCCUACUAGUGUUUUAAGUGACAUCUCUCAGUUCUACUUAGAACUCGUUUUUUUUUGUUCGUUGUUUGGGCCAAGACCAUGAUGAUGGUUCCAUGCUUCACUAGCCCUCAUCCUUUCACCACAUUGAUAGUACAGCGCUUUGUCACAGCCAGUUCUUUAUGACAGCUCAGAUAUUCAGUUGCCUGAAGGAUUUAUUUGCUUCUAGCCUUUUAUUUUGUUUUACAUUCCCAUCAUGAGGUGCACAAUCCCAGAAAUAUCAUGGCACAACAGAGACCCUGUACUUAGCAUAGAUAUCCAGAAACAACAUUCAGAUGAACCUUUUUACCGACUAGCAACUGGUGGUACUGAUUCCCAUGUCCUGAUCUGGCAUAUUACUUCGAACGAUGAGGGUGUUACCACUGUUGAUUUUGCGUCAGACCUAGUAAGACAUCAAAAAGCUGUGAAUGCUGUUCGGUUCUCUCCAUGUGGUACCUUCCUUGCCUCUGGUGAUGAUGAAUCAGCCAUUAUAAUAUGGAAGAAGCGUCUGGACUCGGAUGCCCCAGAACUUACUGGUCCAGGGGAAACAGAGGUUGUGAACAAGGAAUCAUGGGUUGUGCUGAAGAUUCUUCGUGGACAUCUUGAGGAUGUCUAUGAUCUUUGUUGGAGCCCAGACUCCACAUCGCUCAUCUCAGGAUCUGUUGACAACACAGCUAUUAUUUGGGAUGUUCAAAAAGGUUCCAGAUCAAUUCUCGAAGAUCACAAGGGUUUUGUUCAAGGAGUAGCGUGGGACCCAAAGAAUGACCUAUUGGCCACUCUAAGCAGUGAUAGAAAAAUGAGAGUUUUUCAAACAUCCUCAAAGAAGUUAUUGGCCAGAGUUGGCAAAGCGCCCUUACCUGUCCCAAAAGAUCAUGAGUUAAAUGGAAAGAAGAUAAAUUUAUUUCAUGAUGACACCAUUCAAACAUUUUUCCGGCGUCUGACCUUUUCUCCUGAUGGAGAGUUACUGAUUGUGCCAUCAGGGGUAAUUGAACCACAAGAAGCUGGCAAAAAACAAAGUAGUACAACUCUUGUAUUUUCCAGAAGACUUUUAAGCAGGCCGGUGUGUUACUUACCCUCUCUGGAUCAAUAUUCAGUUUGUGUGAGAUGUUGCCCUGUUUUGUUUGAACUGCGCAACAUUGAUCCUUCAACUAAGCCAGAAUCAAUGUUUUUACUACCUUAUCGUGUCAUAUUUGCUGUUGCCACCGCUAGUGCGGUGGUGUUAUACGACACACAGCAACCCAUGCCUUUUGGGUAUGUCUCUAAUCUCCACUACACCAGGCUCACUGAUCUUUCGUGGUCACCGAAGGGUGAUUUGCUCAUGGUGUCUUCAACUGAUGGUUAUUGCUCCAUCAUAACAUUUUCUCCUGGUGAAUUAGGUGUUCCCUAUGAGCCCCGAGAAGAGACAUCCACACAAACUACACAAACUGCCAAUACUAAUGCAACUUCCAAUACCACUGCAAGUGCCACUCCAAAGGCCACUGUGGCUGCAACUGCCCCGGCAACGGCACCUGUCUCUGAAUCAGCUUCUGAGACAGCUAUUGAAACAGUUUCUUCCAACAGUAUGGAGUGUGAGGAUGUCAACGGCUUAAUAUCAAGACAGUCAGAUCUUGUUGCUAGCAUAGAUUUGACCAAGGAUGAAGACGACUUUGAGGGUAUUAAGAAGUUGGAUGAUGACAAUUCAAAUGAUAAGAAGCCUGAUGAAGAAAAGGAAAUUCCCAUUCAAAAGGAUUCAAGUGAGUCUGUAACAAAGCAGGAGGAGAAAAGGAAUUCAUCACCUUCCAAGGAAAUCUCCCAAAAUGACGAAUCUAGAAGUAACCAAUGCAGUUCCCCUGAUGCAAAAUCAGAUACAAACCCUGCAAAGAAUUGUGGGGGGACACCUUCAGCCAAUGCACCUAGAAUUGAGGAAGUAAUCACACCGGGUAAUUCGGGGAAAAAGGCCAGGCGAGUUCAGCUGAUAACCCUUUCAAGUCCUAAAAGUAGAAAGAAGUUGCUUUAGGGACAUCAUCUAUUUUUUUUAUAAAUCAUGGUGUUUGGCAAUUUAUUUUUUCUGCUUGUCUCUUUACCUAGUUCAUUCUGAUUUGUAACCAUUUUUUCUGCCUCCUGUUUUAUUUUAUUCCUAUCUUAUUUUAUUUUGAGAACCUACAUAACUCCCAUGUAAUGGAGGUGACUAGUAACCUUGGUAUAUUUUCUAUCAAUAUAUUUGUAAUUAUUAUUAUUAAAUAAGUGGCUUCUUACAGA